CAAUGGAACCAGAUCCUCCCUGCAGUGCGUAAGAGCGCGAUUUAGGAUUUAACCAAGUCUUUGCUGCGGGGCUGGCUGCAGUCUUCACCAGAGCCCGACGGCCUAUGAGCCUUCCGACGAUGCCCGCGCACUAGUCUCCAUGCUCUGCGCUUUUUGGAUCCAACUGCCUCCUUUUUGUUGCGAAUUAAAUACGAAAUCAAAACAAACCCACGCCUUCGCCCACGAAGUAUGACUGGAGUAUUCGACCGGAGGAUCCCGAGUGUGAAGCCUGCAGAUUUCCAGAGCUCCUUCCAACUCUCCGCCAUGCACCACCCGUCUCAGGAAUCUCCCACUUUACCCGAGUCCAGCGCCACGGAUUCCGGCUACUACAGUCCCGCCGGCGGAGUCACGCACGGCUACUGCUCGCCGGGCACCACCUCGUACGGGAAGCCGCUCAAUGCCUACCAGUACCAGUACCCGGGGGUGAACGCGUCCGCUGGAAAUUACUCCACAAAAUCCUACACCGACUACAGCUCGUACACGACACCCGCCUACCACCAGUAUGCAGGGACUUACAGCAGAGUCCAAGCCCAGCCGAGUCCACAAGAAAAAGAGAUAAGCGAGCCCGAGGUGCGGAUGGUGAACGGCAAGCCGAAGAAAGUGAGGAAGCCCCGGACUAUUUACUCGAGCUUCCAGCUGGCCGCCCUGCAGAGGCGGUUUCAGAACACACAGUACCUGGCGCUGCCGGAGAGAGCCGAGCUGGCUGCCUCAAUGGGACUCACGCAAACACAGGUGAAGAUUUGGUUCCAGAACAGGAGAUCAAAAAUGAAAAAGAUCAUGAAAAACGGGGAUCUUCCACCUGAGCUCAGCCCCAGCUCCAGCGAUCCCAUGGCGUGCAACUCACCACAGUCCCCGGCCGUCUGGGACACACAGGGCCCCUCCAGGCCGCACAGCCUACAGCCACAGAGCAUCAACACGACGGCCUCUAACUUUUUGGAAAACUCGGGGUCGUGGUACACCUCGGCCGCUGGCUCCAUGGCCGCCCACCUGCAGACCCCUAACUCGAUACAGCACUCACUUGCUCUUGGAGCGGGGACGUUAUAUUGAAAAAAAAAAACCUGUUGUUCAUUUCAAACCUCCUUUUCCCCCCCUCCUCCUUCUAUGGGACUCGUGUUCAGAUUUCAGAGGAAUAUGCAAUGUAUUUGAUGACAGUCAUAGAAGAAACGUGUAAAAUGUGUAAAUGUGUGCAUGUAAUUUAUUGCAUUUUUUUGGAAGACUAUUAAACGUUUAAAUGGACAAUGGAUCUUUGAAAACCUCCGGCCUCCUGCAGUCUCUCGUUAUUCUAACCCUCCGUUUUAUUUACACCCGAAAAUCACGACACGGACCCGCAGACAUAAACAGUGCUUGUGAGCCUCAGGUGACGUUUUCCAAUCACAGCUGCUCAGUAUUGAGAUGGAUUAUAUAUGGAAAACAAAUGUAAAUCCAAUUCAUGCAGUUUAAUUGUCAUCAUCUAUAUUUAUUCUGUUGGGUUUUUUUGUUUUGUUAUUUUUUAUUAAAACUGUGCCCUUUAUUUCUGAA